CCGGUUUGGUGAACAACUUCCGCUGACGUAUUUUGAAAGCUUGGCGGUUGAGAUUUUUUUUAGUAUAUGCGACAGGCUGGGUGUGUAGCGCUGUAUUUUAUUAUUUAUAUUGAAAGCUUCAGUUUAUACUCCGUAGGUUAACAUGGACCCAACAACUGCGACGCUUCUCGUUGGAAUCGCUAUCAAAAUUAGCCGGAGUGACGGAAGAAAUCACAAUGCAACAGUGAAAACUGUCAAUGCUACCAAGUCGACAGUACAUGUGGAGUGGAAUGAGGACGAAGUGACUAAAGGAAAAGAGGUUGACUUCAGUGACCUCUGGCGUCUCAAUGCUGACCUCCUCGAAUACCUGCAAACAUCAAAACAAGCAGGACCUUCCACUACUCCAACACCCAACCCUGCACGGGCACCUAAAGCAGAACGAAAGUCAGAGCAUCCUACAAAAUCAAAGUUACCUGCACCUUCAGAGCUAGCCUCUCCAGCUGGUCCAUCUGAGGAGCCAGGCCCCAGAAGGAUGACAACUCGCCAGACUUGUCUAUUUCGACCACCAAUCAUUCCAUCCACUUGCUUGAAUACGACUGAUGGUGCUCCCAGUCAGGAGCAGCCCUCCUCUACUAUUUCUAGACCCUCAGGAUUACCAAGUUAUCCAAGAAGACAACUUGCUAAACCUCCAUCUCCUCUGCUUCCUGCCAUUGAAGCUGUGUCGAAAAGUGAGGCCUCAAAAUGUGCUCCUGCGCCCACUGCAAACCAGCGCCUUUCUCGAGCUCCUGAAGUAAAUAAAACAAACAAAAGGCUGUCCAUUUCAGCUAAAAACCCAGAAACUCAAACCAAGAAAGGAAAGUACGGCGAUAUGAACCGCCCCAACAAGCAGUUUUACCAGAUGAUUGAAGAGUAUCGGGAGACUGUGGAGAAGAUUCCAUUAUCUUUAAGUGAUCCUGUUGAGCUCUACAGAAUCUGUGUGUGUGUUCGCAAGCGACCACUUAAUAAAAAAGAAACGGCAAAGAAAGAGAUAGAUGUGGUGACGAUCCCUGGUAAUGGUGUCCUCCUGUUCCAUGAACCCAAGCAGAAGGUCGAUCUCACCAAGUACCUUGACAACCAGCACUUCCACUUUGACUACUCCUUUGACGAAGAUGCCAGCAAUGAUUUGGUUUACAGGUUCACUGCCAAACCUCUGGUUAAGACUAUAUUCGAAGGUGGAAGGGCAACAUGUUUUGCAUAUGGGCAAACUGGUAGUGGGAAGACACAUACAAUGGGUGGAGACUUUUCAGGCAAGACUCAGAACAGCUCUAAAGGAAUCUAUGCCCUGGCAGCACAGGACGUGUUCACACUUCUGCAACAUAAACGGCAUUCUGACCUGUGCCCAUACGUGACCUUUUUUGAGAUCUACAACGGCAAGGUCUUUGACUUACUGAACAAGAAGGCAAAGCUGCGUGUUCUAGAGGAUGAAAACCAGCAGGUGCAGGUUGUCGGCCUGCAGGAAAUGCCUGUAUCUUCUGUUGAGGAUGUGAUCAGGAUGAUUGAGAUGGGGAGUGCAUGCAGAACAUCUGGCCAGACGUUUGCAAAUGCCAACUCUUCCCGUUCCCACGCCGUCCUGCAGGUUAUCUUAAGGCGGCAUAAGCUGCUUCAUGGGAAGUUCUCGCUGGUGGACCUGGCAGGGAACGAGCGGGGCACAGAUGUCAGCAGCAAUGACCGGCAGACUAUGGUAGAGACAGCAGAGAUCAAUCGCAGUCUUCUAGCAUUGAAGGAGUGCAUUCGAUCCCUUGGGCAGAACAGUGAACACAUCCCUUUCCGGAUGAGUAAGCUCACUCAGGUGCUCCGAGACUCCUUCAUAGGAGAGAACUCCAGAACCUGCAUGAUUGCCAUGAUCUCACCCGGUAUGAGCUCUUGUGAUUACACCUUGAACACACUACGUUACGCAGACAGGGUGAAGGAGCUGAACGGAAUGUCUAAGGGAAUUGUGGAGAACACUGAGUUAACAGAGGAGGGCAGCAGUUCCUUAGAGGAGGAGGGUAUUCCUACAGAACUUGAAGUCAUGGCCCAGUUCUCUGAGGUGGAGGAGAGGUUUUAUGAAGAUCUGCAGGGCAGCAGUGAAAUUGCCAGAGCAAUGGAGCACACAUCAUACGAUGUUAUAAGCGGUCUACCGGAAAUUGAUGCAUACAUGGAGAGACUUCAAGGAUCUUACCAUGCCCUGCGAUCAGCUAUUGAGGCACUAAAAGCCAGGUCACCCAAUCUGGCAUGACAUGCAAUCUGGCAUGACAUGCUGACUGCUGAUGUUCCAUUGUAAUUCUUAAUUCUCUUUUACAAUUUGUUUAAAUGUUGUCAUAUUAGGAACCUUUUUGUUCACUGAAUAAAUGUUUACUUAUGACA